AUGAAGCAGGGCGGCGUCCUCACGGCCAGGGUCCUCCCCGGUCCUGCUGUGCUCUGGGCAGCCCGGGUGCUGCUGGUGGCGUCACCGGGCCUUCCCGCGCUCGCCCUCCUCAUCCUGCAGGGCGUCUGGCUGCAUGUUAUCAGGUUUGGCGAAGUUCACCUUCUGCACUGUCCCCUGGAGCGCACCGAGUAUGUGCCAGGAGGAGCCGUCACCAUUCUGACCUGGGCCAGCCUCGUGUCCUUGAAGGCAGAGGACGGCAAGGCAGUGCUGGCCGAGGGCGAAGCGGGGAGCAGCAGGGCCCCGUGGCCGGCGCUGAAAGCGGUUCGGCGCCAGCGUAGUCACGGGCAAAGGGCCGGGGGACCGCUGGGACAGCGAGGCUGUGGGCGACGGUCCCCAGCGAGGGUCCGAGGACUGAGGUGGCAUCAGCAGAGUAGAAAGCGCACAGGUGCUGGACUCAGACAGACCUGCCUUUCUCGCUCCAUUCCCAACUCUCUUCCUAAACUUUGGGUAAGUUCGCUGAGUUUUCUAAGCCCGUUUCUUAAAGAUUGUAAAGUGGGGCAGAAGCCACAUACCCAGAAACCUUGCGACAACGAAACGCGAUGGCGCGUGAACGUGCCCAGCCCUGCCUGGCACGGCAAACUCCCCCGGGGGUGGAGUCUGACGUCUCCCUUCCCUCCUGUCCUGUGUCCACCGGCUACGGGUCGUCGGGGUCAUCAUGCUCCCUGCACAGCAGCUGGGUGUCAUGCAGCCGUCGCUUUGGAGAUGCUGCAGUGCGAAGGACCUGUCAGCACCCGGGACAGCAGCUGCCACACGGCCAGCGAUGUGACAGGCCCCAGGGACAGGGACUUCCAGGUCAAGGGUUACACUUUCAGUAAACCCUUCCACCUGAUUGUGUCGUACGACUGGCUGAUCCUCCAGAGCCCGGCCAUGCCCAUGUUUGAAGGAGACGCCCUGGUCCUGCGCUGCCAGGCCUGGCAGGACUGGCCACUGACCCAGGUCACCUUCUACCGAGACGGCGCAGCCUUGGGCCCCCCCGGGCCCAGCAGGGAGCUCUCCAUCGCUGCCCUGCGGAAGGCGGAUGGCGGCCACUACCACUGCAGCGCCAUGUUCAGGGGCCCUGGGCCUGGGAGCCUGCAGACGGCGUCUCCCGUGGCCGUUGCCGUCCAAGAUCUCUUCCCAGACCCUGUGCUCAGAGCCAGUCCCUCAGCCGAGCCCCGGGAGGGGACCGCGGUGACCCUGAGCUGUCGGACACAGCUGCGCCGGGAGAGGCCGGCCGGCCGCCUGCUCUUUGCCUUCUACAAGGGUGGCGGGGCCCUGCGGGGCUGGGGCCCGUCCUCGGAGCUGCAGAUGCCCGCGGCCGCAGCGGCCCACUCUGGCUCCUACUGGUGCGAAGCUAUCACCGAGGACAGCCGGGUUUGGAAACGGAGCCCCGAGCUGGAGGUCAGGGUGCAGGGUCCCUCCAGCUCUGCUGCACCCCCGGCCUCGAAGCCAGCCCCUCAGAAACCAGCCGCUCCAGGGACACCUGCAGUGGAGCCCCCCGGGCCCCAGCCCCCACCGCCCGUCCCCUCCUCCCUGGACCCAGCCCCCACCCCGCCUCUGCAGGCACUGGAUCCCCAUCUGCUCCACCAGAUGACACUUCUUCUCAAGCAAAUGCAGGACGUGCAGGCUCUCCUUGGUCACCUGGUCACGGAGCUGAGGGACUUGUCUGGCCACCUGAAGCUCGAGACCAUGAAGGGUCGUGCCGAGCAUGAGUGAACAGCCACCCGCAGAGUUGUCACCCCCACCCCCAAACCCAGCUCUCUCCACUUUCCUCUCCCCCCCCACCGUACACACACCCAGAACUGCCACGAGUUCCCAGUGUCUUGUUAGGAGGUCGGUGAGUAUAAAUAAAUUCGUGCAAAGCGACACCUGGAGUUGAGCUGUAGGUGCAUACUCUCUCCUGGU